AUGGCGCCCAGCACCACGGCAGACGACCCGUGUGCUUCCCAAACUUUCAGUGGUUGUCCUUCACGGCAGAUUCCGCCCGUGAAUGGAUGGGGCCAGACAGCUGCCAGGAUCCGCUCACAUUUGCAUGCAAAUCAGGGACUCCCGGGACCGCCACCCCACUGCUGCCCGGCAGGACGGACCCUCGGAGGCGCCUUCCUGAACCUGCCCCACGCCCCCUCCUCUGGCCGUGGCAGUGAAACACGCAGUCCUGGGCAGCUCGGGAGCUGUCAGCUACCGGGCUCCGGUGGCCCAGGGGCACACUGCACAAACCAGACAACACGCUGUGGUCCCGAAGGUGCUGGGCGCACACGCUCUCCAGACCCCUGGUCCCCCCCUGCAUUAGCCGGGCGUCCACGGCGGUUCUCGGCGCUGGCAGGGGCCACGGACGCGCCAGGUCAGCGGCGGCCCACGCCCUCCCCACGCCGCACAAAGGCCCCUCGCUGGCAAACUUUCCUCGCUUCAGACCCGGGCCCGGGCGGGCCGGGACCCCCGUGCCCGCCGCGCCCGCCCCGCACCGGAGGGGAGGCUCCCUCGGGCGCGGCUCUCGGCGCACUCCGCGCGGGAGAAUUCCGCCCGGGACCCCGCUUGGCCGCGGCCCCCACGCCGCCCAAGGCUCCCCCGCAGUCGCGCCGGCCCUUCCCCGGCUCGCGGCCCGGCUCCCGGCCCGGCUUUGUGCCCGUGUCCGUGUCCUCCCUCCCCGUGACCUCCCCGCACCCCGUGAAUUUUGGGGGGCGGGGGGGCACCAGAUUCCCGAUCCCGACGCCCUCCGCCUCCCCCGACCCCGCGAGCCGCGCCCCCUCGCUCCCCCGAGGCCCGCCACCGUGCCCCGCGGCGCCCGCACACCGGAGGCUCCUCCACGCCGGCCGCGCACUUACCCGAGGCCCGGCCAGCGGGGGCGGCGGCACCGGCGGCCGCAGGACCCGCGGAGCGGCGCGCACGGGCUCCUUGGGGGGAACCAGGCGCAGCCCCGAGGCUCGGGGACAGGCGGCGGAGCGAGCAGCAGCUGCCGCGCGGGGCCGGGCUCGGUCCGGCUCUCCAGGGGCCGGGGCAGAGGCGGGCAGGGUCUGCAAGUGCGGCUCCGAGGGCUGCGCGGCGCGCGGCCGGGUCCCGGGGACGGCGCCCCGGGCGCCGAGGGACGCCGCCGGCCCCCGUGCCGCCCGGCGGGCGCUGCAGCCGCGGGCGCGCGGGCCUCGCCUGCUCCCGGCUCGCUCCGGCGCCCCGGCUGCUCCCCGCUUUGUGCGCCCGCAGCCGGCGUGCACCUGGGGUAGGCACGGCGGUCAGCUGAUGGGCCGCGCGCCGAUUGGCCGCCGCGCCCGCGCCGCCCCGCCCGCCGCCGCCGCCCCCCGCCCGCGCGGCCCCGUGCUGGGCACCAUCUGGGGUCCGCCCGACAAAGGCCCCGCGCGCCGCCGCUUUGUGUGCCGGGGACCGCGGCUGGGCCGGGGGGCGCCGCUUCUCGGCGAAGGACGGGCCCGGAAAGGAACACGAGCGCACACAAAAACCAAGAGAUGCGGGUGCAGGGAGGCCCCGCGGGCCCGGGGCUGUGCGCGCGCGGGGCUCCGGGCAGCACAGCCCGGCCUGGGCGCCGGCCCUGCCCCUCGCGAGACGGCCGCGGGCAGAAGAGGCUGCACCCCCCCACCCCCUCAACCCCGGCUGCACCUGCACGGCGGCGCCGCCCCCGCCCAGGGCGGCUCUCGGAGAACGUUCCUGAAACUUUGA